AAGUUGUGUCGGUUUAGAUUGCUAGCUACUCACCUAGCCUUAACAAUAGCUUUUUCAUAUGCUUAUAUUCUAGGCAUUAUUCUCUCUCUACAUUUCACCGAUAGUAGCAACGUUCACGGUUAUAUAGCAAACACCACUCUUAUAAAUUGUCCCGUGGCUGUUUGCGGCUCUGUGUAGAUUUAGCGUAGCUUAAAAAUGACAACGUUAGCGUUAGCAUCUAGCUAGGAGCGGGUUCGUUUGGACAGUGCCGCUUCACUGUGUGAACGCAUGUGAAUGGAUGAAAAGUGUUUACGUUUGACAGCUUGUGAGAAGCGUUUAUCACCAAUACAUUAAGCCAUGACUACCGGGGCUGAUGUCAGGGAUAUCCUGGAGUUGGCUGGAGGAGACAAUGACGGUCCCAUCAGCAAGAAGGAUCUCAUCAACUCAGACAAGAAAAAAAGCAAGAAGACAACAGAAAACCUGACCUUCAAGAGACCAGAGGGGAUGCACCGAGAGGUCUAUGCUCUGCUCUAUUCAGACAAAAAAGAUGCACCCCCUCUGCUGCCCAGCGACACCACUCAGGGCUACAGGACAGUCAAAGCCAAGCUGGGCUGUAAAAAGGUGCGUCCCUGGAAGUGGAUGCCCUUCACCAAUCCAGCUCGCAGGGACGGAGCGAUCUUCAACCACUGGAGACGUGUGGCAGAAGAGGGCAAGGACUACCCUUUUGCCCGCUUCAACAAGACAGUGCAGGUGCCAGUGUACUCUGAGCAGGAGUACCAGAUGCAUCUCCAUGAUGAUGGCUGGACUAAGGCAGAGACAGAUCACCUGUUUGACCUCAGCAAGCGCUUCGACCUGCGCUUCGUAGUUGUGCACGACCGCUACGACCACCAGCAAUACAGAAAACGUUCAGUGGAGGACCUGAAAGAGCGGUAUUACACUAUUUGUGGUAAGCUGGCCAAAGUCCGUGCAGCUUCAGGGACGGAGCCCAAGAUCUACAUCUUUGAUGCCGGCCAUGAGAGGCGGCGCAAAGAGCAACUGGACAAGCUGUUCAACCGCACACCUGAACAGGUGGCAGAAGAGGAAUAUCUUACUCAGGAGCUGAGGAAGAUUGAGACCAGAAAGAAGGAGCGGGAGAAGAAGGCCCAGGAUCUGCAGAAACUCAUCAAAGCAGCGGACACGACCACAGAGCUCAGACGAGCCGAGAAGAGAGUGUCCAAGAAGAAGCUCCCGCAAAAGAGAGAGACGGAAAAACCGGCUGUUCCAGAAACCGCAGGCAUCAAGUUUCCUGACUUCAAAUCAGCAGGAGUCACGCUGCGCAGUCAGAGGAUGAAACUGCCAAGCUCGGUAGGCCAGAAGAAGAUCAAGGCCAUUGAGCAGAUCCUGCAGGAGCAAGGAGUCGAUCUGAACCCCAUGCCCACGGAGGAGAUGGUCCAGAUGUUCAACGAGCUGCGCAGCGACCUGGUGCUGCUGUACGAGCUGAAGCAGGCCCACAGCAACUGUGAGUACGAGCAGCAGAUGCUGCGGCACCGCUACGAGGCGCUGCUGAAGGCCGGCGGAGGAGGAGGGGGGGGAGGGUUCGGAGGAUCUUUUGCAGCUCUACCAGCCUCCCUCACACAAGUGGGGGAACUCAUCACCACCAACAGCACCGCAGCGUCCACCCCAGGGGGGGAGGCUCCGUCCUGGCCCUGUACUGACGACAUCAAGGUGGAGGCCAAGGAGCAAAUCAUUGAUGUUGUCGGAGCACCGCUAACCCCCAACUCGCGCAAACGCAGAGAGUCGGCCUCCAGCUCGUCUUCAGUGAAGAAGGUGAAGAAGCCGUGAUGAGGACGGGCGCAGCAGCGGGGAUGGGGUGGAGGACGAGAGUGACUCAGAUCACAGCGGUGACGAGUUUAAAGGUUGGACAUCAGGGGGACAAGGGGGAGCUCGCACCACUGCCUUCACACACACACACAACUUUCCACCGACCAGCACCCCGGCCCCCCCCCCUGCCCCACAUCUUUGUGACAAAAGGCAACGACUGAGAGUGACAUUUCAUUCCAUUACUGCACGUCUCCCUGCCUCCACCGUUGCUCCGCCUCAGAUCAACUGUAAAUUGCCCGGCCGAGCUAAUCGGGACGCGGGGAAGAGGCCGGGGAAUGACGGGGUAAUUGAAAUGAAUUGGAAUGAAAGAAGAGACUCUAGGAGUGGGAGGACCUCGAGCCGCACUGGACCCAUCUGAGGGGUUUUUGUGGAGCCUAAUCAUGCCGUAGUGUUUACUGGAAAUGUGUUUUUGUGUUAGCCUUUAGUACCUACCCAGGGUGCACCUCUCUCUCUCUCUGGAGGUUUCCAGAGUGUGUGUGUGUGUCCUCAGGUGACCUUGAAGAUGCUUCAGUCAAUGAUUCAAUAAACCUCAUUGUUUUUUUUCCUC